AUGAACCAACGAAGAUUCGAACUUUUGUGUGCAGCACUACUGGGAUUCGGUCAGUUAUGUAUCAUGACUGGAUUCGAUUCAGAAUCUUUUAUUCUGGAAUCAGUGAUACAUUCGAUUCAUGAGAGAGAACCAGAGAGAAUUAGUUCAUAUGCAGGAUACUAUGGCCAAGCUGUAAUAUACGCGUUUUACAUGGUUGGUUGUCUGUUUUCUCCGUCCAUCCUGGCAGUCAGCACUCCUAAAAUCAACUUGGUCAUCUCUGCAAUCUUCUUCACAGCCUUCCCAUUAGGAUUCCUAUUUACCAACUCUUAUUAUUACUACCUCUCUUCUGCAUUACUAGGAAUCGGGUUCGCCUUAUUUUACCAAGGACAAGGCGGCUACUUGACUUCUCACUCUACUAGGAACACAAUAGAAUCGAAUGUAUCACUUUCCUGGUCGGUGGGAUGUUGCUGUAUGAUCCUCGGAUCUUGUAUAAUGGCAGUUAUUACGAAGCUGAGUUCCGAUCAGACCGAUAUGGUAUUGGAAGCUCUAAACACAACUAGUGAACCUCAUAAAAUGGAAAGACGCUUCAGUGAAAUGGAAAUAAGUCUCCUUUUCACUGCUUUCACAGGAAUCUCAGUCAUCGGAAUUGUCACUUUCUUCCUCAUGCCUUCGAAAGAUGUGGAAGAUUGUAUCGAGAGUAGCACAGAGAAAAAAGAAAGUUUCAUGAGUGCCUUCAAACUCACCUGCUCCACUAUGGUCUCCUCUAAAAUGGUUCAACUCAUUCCUCUAUUCUCUCUGUGUGGCCUCAACACCUCCUUCUGGCUCUCUAUUUUCCCAACAGCUAUGAGUUUCACUACCCACAACUCCAAUCUGAUCUACCUCGCUGCAGUGUACAGUUUUGCUGUUGGAGCAGGAGAGGUUUUGAUGGGAAUCCUCAUUUCAUUUCUCAGUAAACGCAUCAAAAAUUUCGGUCAAAAGCCAACAAUGACGAUUGGCGCCGUCUGUGUUUUGAUCUACUGUGCUCUUAUUCAUCUGUCAACGGUUACAGAAGCACCGAUGAGACCCACUCACAAAGAACCUAUUUUGUUCCAUCAUUCAUAUCUAUUAGCAUUGAUCAUCGGAUUGAUUUGUGGAAUCGGAGAUUGUUGUAUCAACAGUGUGAGAUCAGUGAUAUGCGCGUUGGCAAUGCCAAAGAGAAGAUCUCAAGCAUUUUCCGUGUCGAAGUUUUUCCAGGCCCUCGCAUCCUGCAUCCUAUUCUUCUUAUCACCCAUCACACCUCUCUACAUUUACACCAUUGGCCUCCCAGUUCUAUCCAUAAUCGCUGCUGUUUUGUUCUUUUCAAUUGCAAAAAGAACUCAGAAAAUGGAGAGAAAAAUGACAGAAGGAACGAGAAAUGCUGCUGAAAUCGGAAAGAAAUUGAAUUUGUAA